CCACACAUUUACACACACAUACUACUAUAAAAACAAUCAAACACCAGUACACCACACUUAUACACACAAAAUCAUCUCUAUACCCAAACUAUAUAUAAACACUCUCCCCCAAACCUUUUACUCCUUUUGCAUGAAAAUCCCAAACUCAUAGAAACAGACAAAAAUGGGUUUGCAAAGCCAGUUAUCCGACGUGUCAUCCGAAUCCACCCUCAUACUCGCCGUCGUCCUAAUCGGAAAAGGCGUACGUUAUCUCCGAUCCCCACUCUCCACUAUCCUGCGCACAAUCGGCGUAUUCUCCACCAGCUUUGACCCCCAUUCCAUCGGCUCGUUAAACGACGUUGCGGGAUCCGGUCUGGCCGGAGUCAUCCUCCUCUGCGAGCAGCUGAAUCUGAACCGGGCGCAAUCCUACGCGAACCGGUCGGGCUACCGGUCCGGUUCGGAAUGCGUUGUGUGCCUGAACCGGUUCGCGGAGGGGGAGAGCCUGCGCAAGUUAGCGUGCUGCCACGUGUUCCACAGGGAUUGCUUGGACGGCUGGCUCGGUCAAAUGAAUUUCAGCUGCCCGCUAUGCCGUGCGCCGCUGGUGACCGAAGAGCGAGUGCAGAGCACGCGGAUGCGCGUGGGCGGUGACGUUAUGGCGUGGUUUCCUUUUGAGUAGUGGAUCUAGCGGCGGCGCGUGGUUUGCGACGGUAGUUUUGAACUUUGACUUAUUCAUUUUCUUUUUAUUUUUUUAGGGAGUAUUUUUCUUCUCUGUUUGUUGAAGAGUCGCGUGGAAUGUCGAUGACUCUUCCCUAUUUUUAAAAUAAAUCAUGAAUAUAUU